AUGAAGGUGAAAUGUGCCCAGCUUCAAGCUCUUCGCAAAGAGUUUGAGAUUCUUCAUAUGAAAGAGGGAGAGUCUGUUUUUGACUAUUUUUCAAGGACGAUGCUGAUUACAAGUAAGAUGUACAUCCAGGGUGAAAAAAUGGAAGAUGUUAUAGUAGUUGAAAAAAUUCUUCGAUCAAUGACAACAAAAUUUGACUAUGUUGUCUGUUCAAUCGAGGAAUCAAAUAACAUGGAUGAGCUUUCAAUUGAUGAACUGCAGAGUUCCUUGUUGGUCCAUGAGCAAAAGGUCAACUGUACAACCUCAGAGGAGCAAGCCUUGAAAAUUUCAAUGAAUAAUGAAUUCUCAACAUCGAAAGGAUCGAGUCGAGGUCGAGGAAGAGGACGAGGCAGAUGUAACAGAGAAGGAAGCAGACUCACAAAUUACAAAUCAGAAGAUCAUCACACCUAUGAUCCCCGUUGGAAAGGCAAAGGACUCGAAAAUCGAUAG